AUGAGUCUCUCACGUGAAAAUGGAUACAACGUGGAUGAAAAAGAUCGGAUGAAGGGCAUCGAUGGAAACGAAGUUUAUCGUAUGGAAGCCGCUGGUGAUGUUGAUUUCGCGUCUAGUGAUGGCUCCGAUACAUCAACUUCAGACGAGGAGAAACAAGACACCCAGACCAACUCUCUUAGUAAUCGAGAUGAGAAGGAGGAUGAUAUGUUUGCUAGUGAAGACUACAACAACGGUCAAGAAAAGCUACAGGGAAGAACACUGGUCUUCGAAGAAGAGGAAGAUGACGAUGACAUGUUUGCCAGCGAGGAUGACAAUACCAUCAAUACCAACAAUAACAACAAUGUAACUACAAGCACCACACAGGCGCCGAAACAAGUUCAAUUUGCCAAAUACAAUCAAACCGUGCAUCAACACCCCCAAUCAAGUGGCGAUUCCGCCGACUCAUCCGAACUUGAAUCGGAAAACGACGACGAAUCUACAAAUGACGAAUACUACAUCAAUACCGAAGAAUAUACACCUUUCCAAAACAACACCACUAAGAAGAAACGACAACCGAAAAUUGAAGCAUUCAAUAUGGAUCAAGAAGAAAGAAAUGGCCAUUUCAACAAGGUUGGAGAUUAUGUUCCCAACGCCAUAGAUUCUGACCUGGACAAGCCUCAAGAUGAGGAUUCGUGGGCUAUGAAUAUUUCCAAAUCCGAUAUACGUAAAGCCAAACUUGCACAACGUCAACGUGCACGACAACAACAGGUAAGCUCUAGAGGAUCGCUUGAUGCAACUGCCAAGAUUGUUAAUACGGAUCCCGUUGAAGUUAUUUACGCGUCCUUGAUUGAUUUAUUGGAGCCAGUUGAAACACCAAUGGAAGCGUUGGCUCGACUAAAUGCACAAUUGAAGAAGAACAUUAAAAAGAAUAAGCGAGGCAAGGUGAAGCGGCGAAGUGAUACAGGCAACGACACUACUGUGAAUGAACUCGACUCUUCAAUUGUCAAGCAGAACAUUUCUCAAAUCACUAAUCUUUGUUCAAUUUUGAUAAAUGACAAACAUAUGGAUGAUGAUGAGGAAGUUUAUGACAUGACAAGAGAACAAUUUAUGAGGAGUUACCAAUCAGAAACAGGGCAUGAGUACAAUAAAAGAGGAGGGGAUGCAAGGACAACCAACUUGAAACGACCACGAGAAGAGGACGAUGACGACGAUGAUGACGACGACGACGAUGACGACGACGAUGACGAGACCAAUGGGACCCUCACUACCACACGCGGUGAAUCAGAGAAAGCCUCCCUCAACGAAACUCCGCUAGACUAUGAUGCGGGUGAUGUGGAUUAUGGUGAAAAAGUAUGGGAAUUUAGAUGGCUAGAUGAUGAGACACACGCCAUUAAUGGUCCAUUUUCCAACUAUGAAAUGUCGCAUUGGAAACAACAUCAUUUUGAAAACAAUGUCGAAGUUCGUAAAUUGGGUGAAGCUGACUUCAAACAUAUACAAGAUAUAAACUUUUGA